AGCAGAGAGUGUUUUCUCUUUCGCUGUUUGUCCUCCCAUGCGCUGUCUUGGCCGGUGACUCACAUCUUCUCAAUCUUUCUUUUGGCUGGGUUCACAGAAGUGGAAGGGAGCUGGCCAACUUCAGGGGGCUUUUCUGGAUCUUUUGCCCCGUCUCCAUGGCUCUGUGCAACUCAAGCUUUUAACCUUGGGCUAAGGUCAACUGAACAUGGGCCGCCAUUGUGUGAGUGCCUUUCCAAAAGAGCAAACAGCAGCCCUCUCUCCUCAGGCUUGGCCAGGUUUCUAGGGGGGCUGUAACCCUUCAUGCUCUUCCGAAGUGGUUGAUGUGGACCGGUCCCAUGAUGCUUUCCACUCUUGCGCAGGAGGGCAUGCCAUCAAAGUGGGCCAGAUUUUCCCCUGGCAUACGAGGACUGGGGCAAACCACUGACUGAUGCAGGCUUUUUUCAUUGUGCAGGACUGUUGCUCCAGGAAGUGACCAUGGCUAGCCUACACGAGCAGCGAUUUACAGAAGAGAAGCCACUGCUCCGGGGACAAGAUGCUGAGUUGGAGAAUUCAGACACUUUCCUGCCUGCAGUGGACACUGACUGGAAGGAGCAUGACAUCGAAACGCCAUACGGACUGCUGCACGUUGUCCUUCGGGGAUCCCCCAGAGGAAACCGCCCGGCCCUCCUGACGUACCAUGAUGUGGGGCUCAAUCACAAGCUGUGCUUCAACACUCUCUUCAAUUCUGAGGACAUGCAGGAGAUCACGAAACACUUUGUGGUCUGCCACGUGGAUGCUCCAGGGCAGCAGGCUGGGGCCUCCCAGUUUCCUCAGGGGUACCAGUACCCUUCCAUGGACCAGUUAGCCGCCAUGUUGCCCAGCGUGGUCCAACAUUUUGGGUUCAAAUAUGUGAUUGGAAUUGGAGUUGGAGCAGGUGCCUAUAUCCUUGCCAAAUUCGCUCUGAUCUUCCCAGAUCUGGUUGAAGGCCUUGUUCUGAUUAACGUUGACCCAAAUGCCAAAGGCUGGAUUGACUGGGCUGCCAGCAAGCUCUCUGGCCUGACCAGCACGUUAUCUGACGUGGUGCUAUCUCACCUGUUCAGCCAGGAGGAGUUGGCUAAUAACGUGGAGCUGGUGCAGAGUUAUCGUCAGCAAAUUGCCAGCAUGGUGAACCAGUUCAACUUGCAGCUCUUCUGGAAUAUGUACAACAGCCGCAGAGACCUGGAGAUGAACCGCCCUGGCAGCAUGCCCAAUGCCAAGACGCUCCGCUGCCCAGUGAUGCUGGUGGUGGGCGACAAUGCACCGGCAGAAGAUGGCGUGGUUGAAUGCAACUCCAAGCUGGACCCGACCAUCACCACUUUCCUGAAGAUGGCGGAUUCCGGAGGGCUUCCCCAAGUUACUCAGCCUGGGAAACUGACUGAGGCGUUCAAGUACUUCCUUCAAGGAAUGGGCUAUGUGGCGUACCUGAAGGACCGGCGGCUGAGUGGAGGAUCAGUGCCCUCAGCCAGCAUGACACGCCUGGCCCGCUCUCGCACAGCCUCCCUCACCAGUGCCAGUUCGGCAGAUGGCAGCCGUCCCAGAGCCUGCACCCGCUCUGAAAGCAGUGAAGCCAUGGGCCAGAUCAACCACACCAUGGAGGUGUCCUGCUGAGGGUCCCCGACGCCUUCCCUCGGCC